UGAGCUGUUUGUGUAUUAUAUAUUAAUAAAUGAAUAUUUGAAUUUUAAUUGGCGUAUGUGUGUGUUUACAGGGAAGAGGGAAGCUGAGAAUGAAAUUGACAAGAGUAGAAAGAAUAAAAGGCCGGCUCUUUCCAACAAUGCAAAAUUAGGCAGCAACAGUUGUGACAAGGAUGAACUCGUUGCGCCUUCAAGUAAGAAUCAUCAUAAUCAGGUCGAAAAAUCGUCUAGUUCUAAUGACGAUGAUAGCGUCUCUAGUAAGGAAGAAUCGUCUAAUUCUGAUGAUGAUAAUAGCAUCUCUAGUAAGGAAGGAUCGUCUAGUUCUGAUGAUGAUAGAAGCGUCUCUGAAAAGGAAGAAUCAUCUAGUUCUGAUGAUGAUAGCAGCGUCUCUAAAAAGGAAGAAUCGUCUAGUUCUGAUGAUGAAGAUGAUGUUAGCACCUCUAGUGCGGAGGAUGAUGAUGAUGCUGUUUCUAAAAUGGAAGAAUCGCCUGGUGAAGGAUCUAGUACUGACAAUGACCGUAGCUGCUCUGCCAAGGAUGAUGCUAAAGUUAAAAAGACUAGUAGUGAAGAAGAACCCCAUCAUUCUGAUUCUGAUUCUGAUCCACACAAGGGAAUGGCUGUUGUUCUAUCUAAAACGAAGGUUGACAAUUGUGAUGAUCAACAAGAGAUUCACUGCAGGGAAGAACCAUGGAACGAAAAUGAGACACAGUUUCUCAUCACAAUCCUAUAUGUGGAAUUGGUGAUGCAUGAGAAAGACGUCAACCAACUAGACUGGGCAGAAAUUGUUCAAAAAUUAUAUCAUCAAACACACAAACAAACUAGUGUAACCCAAGUGCAGGCAUUGUAUAAAAAAUUUAGAGAUCAAACAAACCAAUUCAUGGAUCUCUUAAAAGUUGUUGGUUAUGAAUGGAACCCAAAUAACAAUAAUGUUACUUGUAACGAUGAGGUGUGGGAACAUAUUUAUUGGAUUCAUGGUGGUGACAAGUUGUUUAGAAACAAAGGGCUUUUACAUUAUAAUCUAUUAAGUCACAUAUUUGGCAGUGGUAAUAAACAUUUUGUGGAAGAAUCACAUGUACAUGUCCAAAGAAUAGCACAAACUACUUCAUUCACCUCAACAAGACUUUGGAGGUGGUUAUUUGGUUAAACACAUUUUGUCUAUCAUUAUUAUUCCUAUGAAAAUAUGAAGAAUGAGAUUCUCUGUGUCUAUCUCUCCAUAUUUUCUUUAUGUUAUGAAU